UGACUAUAUAAAUCAAUGAUGGUUAUUAACGACCAAGAUUGUCUAUUGCAUGUAAAUACAUUUUUCUCUUACAACAUGCAAUCUCAUCCCUUUUCCUUGACACAUAAAAAAUAGCAAACAAAAUAAGUGCCUCUUGUUUUUGCCUUUAUAUAACCAAAAGCUGAGAUUGGGAUUCAAACUCUUUUUUUCCUUUCCUUUUUCACUCCAAAUCAUUAGAUACAAAAAAAAAUCAUAAUUUGACAUGAAAAAUUCAUGUACAUAGAAACGUAAAGGAAUUGUCUUCUGUUUUAGGCUUGUCAAAUUAAGGAAAUAGUUUCAUUUUUUUCUAUCUAAAGGAAAAUCAUUUUUUAUAUAUUCUAUUUGGAAGAUUUGUAAAGUGUCCAUUAUUGAAAUCUCCAUAAAGGUACAAAUUUUGUAGAUAUUAUUAUUAGUGAUAACAUUGUUUAGAAAUCACAAAAUAAAAAAGGUGAUUUGUUUUGAGGAAUGAGAGAAUGGAUUUCUGGCCAGAGUUUCUUGCAAGUAGUUCAGGUAGAGAAUUUGUGGCUGGUGGAUUUGGAGGCACAGCUGGUGUAAUCUCUGGUUAUCCUUUGGAUACACUUAGAAUCAGACAACAAAGUGGUGGCCAAAAUGGUUCUGCUUUUAACAUCCUUAGACAAAUGUUGUCUAAAGAAGGUUUUUGUUCUUUGUACCGUGGCAUGGGUGCACCAUUGGCAUCAGUUACUUUUCAGAAUGCUGUGGUUUUUCAAACAUAUGCAGUUCUGUCAAGGGCAUUUGACCCAUCUGCUUCUGCUAAAGAUCCUCCAUCCUACAAGAGUGUUGCAUUAGGCGGAAUGGGCACAGGAGGUCUUCAAAGUUUAUUGCUUUCACCAGUGGAGUUGAUCAAAAUUCGACUUCAGCUGCAAAACACAAACCAGUCAAAAGAAUCUGGAACAACUCCUGUAAAAGUAGCUAAAAACAUAUGGAGAAAAGAGGGUUUGCGCGGCAUAUAUCGAGGGCUUGGUAUCACUAUAAUGAGGGAUAUUCCUUCUCAUGGUUUUUACUUCUGGACAUAUGAAUACAUGAGGGAAAAAUUGCAUCCAGGUUGUAGAAAAAGUGGUCAAGAAAGUUUGAAUACUAUGUUGGUGUCUGGAGGAUUAGCGGGGGUAGCGAGCUGGGUCUGCAGUUACCCUUUUGAUGUUGUGAAGACGAGACUACAAGCUCAAACGCCUUCUGCUAUAAAAUACAAAGGCGUUUAUGAUUGCAUCACGAAAAGCGUUAGAGAAGAAGGAUACCCUGUGCUGUGGCGUGGUUUAGGAACUGCGGUUGCCAGAGCAUUUGUUGUGAAUGGUGCUGUAUUUGCUGCUUAUGAGUUUGCACUGCGUUUUCUGUUUAACAAUGAAAACGUUCAAAUGCAGGAAACAAUUUAGAAUGGCAGGUUCACUAAAAACAAUCAAAAUUCAGCUGUUAUAUUCAUUAUAAAACAUUUUAUAUUCAUACAAAUACAAUUGUCAAACAUUUGUCCUCCAUCUUCUAUUAGUUUACUGUGAAACUUAUGUAUUUAUUGGAAAGGGUCAAUAGAACAACAAUUGUCAAUCAUCAAGUUCAA